AUGUCUGAUAACGGAUCACCCGCUGCUCCCCCCGCCGAAGCCAAGCCAAAGCCUGAAGCUGACCCAAACACCCUUAACAUCAAGAUCGUCUCUACUAACGGUGAUGAGGUAUUCUUCAAGAUUAAGAAGACGACCAAGUUGAACAAACUGAAGUCGGCUUACGCUGAUCGAGUUGGUACCGAUGUUGCCGCCAUUAGAUUACUCUUCGACGGUCAACGAAUUCUGGAUGAUCAAACUGCCAACGAUCUCGAUCUCGAAGAUGGUGAUUCCAUUGAAGUUCUUCUGGAACAGGUCGGAGGUUACUAG